UGGGGCGCAGCUGGGAGAUCUCUGCCCUCCUUGGAGAGCCGGUUGGCUUGGAGGUGGUCGAUAUUCCCUGGUGUAGCGUAGGAAAGAAAAUUCGCAUUUGAACCGGAUUAUUGAUGGCCAACUUUGUGGUCAAGACUAUCUGGCAGUCCAAGGAAAUCAAUGAGGCUGGAGACACACCAACGGGGGCAGAGGGUCGGCCUCAAGGAAGCAAAGAGCAACUGGGAAAGUCUAGCAGCACCAAGGGCUUCCCCAAAAAGAAGAAAGCCGUCUCUUUCCAUGGUGUUGAGCCGCACUUGACCAGUGAAAGGAACAACCUCAACUUGAAGCGUUCUUCUGCCUGCACCAAUGUUUCCCUCCUGAACCUAACUGAUGGAGAGCGUGAUGACUCCACUACAGAGAAUGAAUCCACGGAUGAUGGGAGUUCUCCUGGGGGAGCAGCUGGAGAAAGAAAUGCUCCCCUGCUCCCCAUCAAGCCAGCUUGGUCUGAAGAUGAUGACGACACCUCCAGCCAGCAGCAGGAAGUGAGCAAUAGCGGCCUGUUGCGAGCCAAGGACUCCAUCACCAGCCUCAAGGAGAGGACGUCCAAGGUCAACCGCCAUGUUCAGAGCCUGCAGAGCGAGUGCACGGUGUUGUGUGAAAACCUAGAGAGGCGUAGACAGGAGGCUGAGGACCUGGAGGAAUACUGUACUCAGCUUAAGCUAAGAGAUGAAGAAGCAGCUGCCUUGACUUGGCACAUUGGCUCCCAGGGAAGAAGAGAGUCAGGCCAACAGCUGUCUACCUGCUGUUUCCAACGCCAAACAGAGAGCUGCCGAAAGGUGACAAAAUCGGUAGAAGAUGCUGAGGUUAAGACCAACGUGCUCAAGAAAAACUCAGUGCUGCUGGAGGAGAAACUGCGUUUCUUACAAAGGCAGAUUCAAGCAGAGGACCUUAGUCGGCAGGAACGAGAAUGGCUAGACCUGGAACAGAGGAUGGCAUGUGGAGUCUCCAAACAACUCCUGGAACUAGUCAGCAGUGCAACAGCAACAGCUUUGAGACCUUCCAAUUCUGAAGAGGGUGAACUACAACAAUCCACUGCUGCUAUCCUCACAGCCAUCAACAGCCUGCGAGUGGCGCUGGAGAGUGGCCACUUACGAGCAGGGCCAGGGGAUGAGGGGGGCGUUGAUGGAAAGCCAAAUGUGGCCUCUGCCUUGGCUUGUGCUCCUCUGCUGGAAGAAAUCAGGAAAUGUGUGCUGGAGCUAUCAGGUCAGUCUCAGAGGGAUGGACUAACCCAGAAGGAGGUGCUCCGAUUGUUGGCCCAACUGGGCGUGCGUCUUGAAGGCCUGCUUCCACAGUGGGAGAGGACACACAUGGAACAUAGUCAGACACUCAGGAUGCUGCGAGAGGAAUUGGAUGAGGUCUCUGCCACGGCAAAACGGACCUCGACGUCCCUCACCCAGCUCCGUACUGACCUAGAUGGGCUGCGACAAGUGAAGCCACUGCUGGAAGAUGUGUCCCGACAUCUGUCAGCACUCAAGCCCUUAGAGACACCUGAGAGGCAACCUGCCAGCUGUGCCAGAUGUUCCAGCUAUAGCUUUGUGAACACAGAGUCACUGCGACAGAUGGUUGAACAGGCUGUGGCACCCAUCUUGGAGGAACUGAAACAGAGGGCCCCACCUCCAGGCACAUGCCCCAGCUGCCAGCGUUUGCAGAAGAAGAUAAUGAGGCAGGAUCUGGAACAGUCAGCCUUGGAUAUUCAUGCUCGAGCAGAGGCCAUGAGCUCAAGUGUACGUCUGGCCCAGGAUGAGGCCCUGAGAGCCAAGAACUAUCUGGAGCAGGCAAGAAUCAACACAGAGGAUAAAACCAGCAACCUGGAUUAUGCACAGGACAAACUGAGCUCCCUCCACUCACAGCUAUCACUGGUCUCUCAGGAAGGGGUGCCUCCAUCCCCUGCAACUACCCUUGCUGCUAAUGUUGCUCUCACCAAGCGAAGUUCUUGCCCUGCUGACCUCAAUCAACAGCCCCAAUAAAAGACAGACAGACAGAUGUCCACAACCUGCUGCUCCACUUUCGUUUGGAAACCAGAGGGUGACUCCAGGAAGAAACGUACCAGUUGAGAUUUCUUAAGCCUGGAAAUUACACAUUACUUUGCAGUGAUAAAGAGUUAACAUUAUUUGUUGUUUUGAAAGCAGUUUCUUGGGGUCAUUGUGGGCUAGUUCCCCAUUUUUACAUGUAUAUUUAUAAAACAACAGUUUGGUGCUUGA